AUGAUCCCAGGCCAAACCGGGCAUUUCAAUGAAGCAACCUGUCGCCCACGUUUGCGCAGCCAGAAUUUGCCUAGCGGGAUGUAUCGUACCGGUGUGAUGACGGGUGGAAGCUCGGAUGGGGCUAGAAUCGCUGUCGCAGCUCACGCACUGAAAGCCUAUGUGCUUUCUCACCUUUUGCUGUGGGGAAAGUCCCCGGAGACCGCGCAGAGCCGCUCGUCAAAGGCCGGAGUCCAGCUCGUCACACUUGGAGGAAAGCGCCUAUCCCGAGGCACGAUAGGAAGUGUGAUCUCUGUGCCCGAGAUGGGUGCAUAG